UAGCUGUCCAGCAACUACUUCAGGUUGAAUCAGAGGAGUUUCUUCACUCUAGUUUAUAAAGAAACCUGGGUCUCCUUAUAUAAAGCUCCCUGGUGCAGUGCUCCUUCCAGCAUUGGCUUCUUGCUGCACCCCAGGCUUCAGUGCAUCCUUCAUUUGGUGCAGGUGAGCUUGGGAAGAUGACGAAGCUGGAAGAUCACCUGGAUGGCAUUAUCAACAUCUUUCAUCAGUAUUCAGUCAGGCUGGGACAUUCUGAUACCCUCAGCAAGGGAGAGCUGAUGCAAUUGAUCACAAAGGAACUUGCAAACUUCCUCCAGCAUGUAAUAGAUCAAGCUUCUGUGGACAAAAUAUUCAAAGAUCUGGAUGCGGAUCAAGAUACACAGGUCAACUUCAGUGAAUUUGCAAAUCUGAUGAUCACUCUACUGUUGGCAACUCAUGAAGAAUUCCACAGAGGGUAGAGAGUGGUGAUGCCCCCCCCUCCCAGCAAUGUCUUCAAGACCUCUUUCUUCUCUUCACCAGUAUGUCGCCUUGCCUGGGAGAAGUGACAACUAAUAAAUGCAUUUUUGAAAAAUC